AUGAGCUCCGAAUCAUCCUCUGAACACUAUAGUAAAUAUAGUUCAUUAGGGUUAUCACAUAUAGACUCCACUGGGGAAGCCCAUAUGGUAGAUGUAGGAUAUAAAACUCCGAGUUUUCGGAUGGCCACCGCAGAAAGCACUAUCUCUCUAAACAGAGAGGCUUACGAGAGCGUUGUUAAAAACACAGCCAGUAAAGGGGCCGUUCUAACUGUAGCUAAAAUAGCCGGGAUUCAAGGUGCUAAACUUACUUCCUCUCUCAUUCCUUUGUGCCACCAGAUAAACUUAAACAAGGUUGAUAUCACUUUCACAUUUUCCGACAGUCAAAAAGAAAGUCCGUCCAUUUCAGGCAUGGUUUUAAAUUCUUUACAGCACUCAAAUCCUUGUCUUGAAUCUGUCACAAAAGACAUCUCCUCAGAGGGGGCUCCUACAGAAACUAACCCGACUAGGUUCCAAUUACACAUCAACUGUACAGUGUCUUGUAAUGCUGUGACUGGAGUGGAAAUGGAGGCCCUGGUCGGGGCCUCUAUUGCUGCCCUCACAGUGUAUGAUAUGUGCAAAGCUUUGGACAAAUCUGCUGUUAUUAGUAAUACUAGAUUACUGCGAAAAGAAGGGGGUAAAAGUGGAUCGUUUUUUGUUGAAUAA